UUUGAUUCUCUUAUUCAAAUUUUCCAUUUACUUUUUUCAUUUUUUCUUCAAUUUUAACGAGUUCAAAGAAAUCAUAAAACACACCUUUUCUCUUUGAAAAAUACAUUAACACUCAUUUUUUUUGUAUUUUUCUUUUAUCCUACAUUUUUUUUUAUCUCUUCUAUCAAAAAAUCGAGAGCAUAAUGUAUAAAUUAAACAUUAUCAUAAUAUUUUUCUUGUGUAUAGCCGCAAUUUUUACAAACGCUGCACCUCUCAAUACAGUACCACAAAAUCCCUCAUCAUCAUUAACGGCACGUUCAGCGUUAAAUCUUAAUUCAGAUGCGUCAGCUAUAUAUCAUGCUAAAAAAAGAAGAGGUAUAAUAAUUCCUGAAUUGGACUUAUCAGAUUCUGAUACGAUUAGACCAAAGAUUAUUAAGAACAGAAUGAUAAAAAGAAAUCCCAUUAAUUAUAAUGCUGCUAAUCAUUCUACAAAAGAUGCUGUUUCUCAAGAAAAACGAGCUCAAGACAAAAAACGAGCUCAAAAGAAAGAAAGAAGGUCUAUCGUUUGGAAAGUUGAUGAGAAUAUAUUAUUCAAGAGAAAUGAAAAGUAAUGGUUAAUAAUUAAGUUUCUCGUGAUUUUAUGAAAGGAAAUGAUAUUUUCCUUUUGUAUAGUAAUGAAUGAGAUUACCAUCAACAAUACCAUUAGUCCAACCAUAUACAAUUUGGAUUUAACGAGUCCAUUACCAAACAUCACGACUUUUGGAUUUGGCGACAAUAAAUUACGACAACGACAACGACAACGACAACAACAACAAUUUUCAUAUACAUAGCAUUUACAUACACAUCAUUUUUGCAUUUCAUCAUCAUCAUCAUUCAUCAUUCAUCAUUUUGCAUUUGUAUCAUAUCCAUAGAUUUCUCUUCCUAUAGAUUCCAUUAAUGAUUCUAUACAUUUUUAGAAUUAAUACAUACAUUGUAAACUUCCUGUAUAGUUUUGUGAUU